CCUGCAUGUUUAUAAACAACCCUAGUUCUUUCUCUCUUCUCAUUCUCGCGCUCAACUUUCUCCAUACUCAAUCGCAGGCGAUUUUCGAUACUCGGUGAGUUCUUCUUGUUCCUUUUUCAUCGGAUCAGCUUCGUUUGAGUAACUAUCAUGGCGGAUAUAGAUCCCUUGAUCGCCAAGACUCAAGAGGAGAGACGGAGGUUAGAAUCAGACCUCGAGCGAGUUUCCCUCGCGUCUGUGACUCUCGAUCGCGAUCUCUACGGAGGCAACGACCGUGAUUCCUACUCGACUUCCAUCGCACCCUACGACGACGAGGAUCCCAAUCUCGACGCCCACGGGUCGCUUGUGGCUCAGCGUCUUGCCUCUUACACCGCUCCCAAGUCUAUCCUCAACGACGUGGCUCGGCUUCACAGCGAAGAUUAUGACGACGGUGGAUUCAAGCCGAGGCAGACUAUUGCGGAGCGCGAAGGUGAGUAUCGGAACAGGAGACUUAAUCGUGUUCUCUCUCCGGAUAGAGUCGAUCCGUUUGCUAUGGGAGAGAAGACGCCUGAUCCGAGUGUUAGAACUUAUAAUGAUCAUAUGAGGGAGACGGCUGUGCAGAGGGAGAGGGAGGAAACUUUGAGGCUUAUUGCUAAGAAGAAGAAGGAAGCGGAAGAAGCUGCCAAGAAACAGAAAGAUUCUGAGCUUUCUAAGAAGAGGCACAGGUGGGAGGAAGCUGAAGAAGACGGUGGUGGUGCAACCUCUUCAAAAAAAGGUAAAGCAUCAGAUUCUGAUUGGGAUACAGCUGACUCAACUCCAGGGAGAGUUUCUGAUGCCACACCAUCUGUUGGAAGAAGGAACAGAUGGGACGAGCGCACACCUGGUCGUGUGACUGAUUCCGAUGCAACUCCUUCAGGUGUUACUUGGGACGCGACUCCAAAAGGGUCUGCAACUCCGACCCCAAAGCGUCAACGUUCUAGGUGGGAUGAGACACCAGCCACUGUGGCUGGAGUGACUCCUACUGCUGCCUACUACACCCUUGGUGUCACUCCAUUCGGUGGGAUUGAUAUGGCUACUCCAGCUCCGGGUCCGAUUGAUCUGCGUGGUGCUAUGACUCCGGAUCAGUACAAUCAGGCGAGGUGGGAGAAGGAAAUUGAAGAGAGAAACAAACCAAUGAGUGAUGAAGAGCUUGACGCCAUGUUUCCUAAAGGAUACAAGGUUUUGAACCAGCCUGCUUCUUAUGUUCCCAUCCGAAGCCCUGCUAGGAAGGCUAUAGGAACCCCGACACCCAUGACAACUCCUGGCUACAUUAUUCCCGAGGAAAACCGCCGGCAGCAGUAUGAUGUGCCCCCGGAACUUCCUGGUGGGCUGCCGUUUAUGAAACCAGAGGAUUAUCAGUAUUUCGGAGCGCUGUUGAAUGAAGAGAAGGAGGAAGAACUGUCUCCUGAUGAGCAGAAAGAACGCAAAAUAAUGGCAUUGUUGUUGAAGGUGAAAAACGGAACGCCUGCACAGAGGAAAACAGCUUUGAGGCAGCUUACUGAUAAGGCCCGUGAGUUUGGCGCUGGUCCUUUGUUUAAUAAAAUCUUGCCCUUGCUCAUGCAACCCACUUUGGAAGACCAAGAGAGGCAUCUUUUGGUGAAAGUGAUUGAUAGGAUUCUGUACAAACUUGAUGAGCUUGUAAGGCCUUUCGUCCACAAGAUUCUCGUUGUUAUUGAGCCUCUGUUGAUCGAUGACGAUUAUUAUGCUCGUGCAGAAGGGAGAGAAAUUAUCUCUAACCUUAGCAAAGCAGCUGGUUUAGCCACAAUGAUUGCAGCUAUGCGUCCCGAUAUUGAUAACGCUGAUGAAUACGUGAGGAACACAACAGCGAGAGCUUUCGCUGUGGUCGCUUCAGCGCUUGGAAUCCCUGCACUCUUGCCCUUCCUGAAAGCUGUUUGCCAGAGUAAGAAGUCAUGGCAGGCACGACACACUGGAAUCAAGAUUGUGCAGCAGAUUGCCAUACUAAUUGGCUGUGCCGUUUUGCCUCACUUAAAUUCUCUAGUAGAACUUAUCGAACACGGUCUCAGUGAUGAAAACCUGAAGGUUAGGACUAUUACGUCCUUGUCACUGGCUGCUCUCGCCGAGGCUUCUGCUCCUUACGGUAUUGAGAGCUUCGACUCUGUUCUUAUUCUUCUGUGGAAAGGUAUUAGGUCUCACCGUGGCAAAGUCUUGGCUGCGUUCUUGAAGGCGAUUGGUUUUAUCAUCCCUUUGAUGGAUGCUAUCCAUGCGAGAUGCUAUACAAAAGAAGUGAUGCUGAUCUUGAUUAGGGAGUUCCAGUCGCCUGAUGAAGAGAUGAAGAAGAUUGUACUCAAGGUGGUGAAACAGUGUGUAAGUACCGAAGGUGUUGAAGUGGAUUACAUCCGCAGCGAUGUUCUGCCUGAGUUUUUCAAACAUUUGUGGGUUAAGAGAAUGGCUCUGGAUAAAAGAAACUAUAAGCCGCUUGUUGAAACUACUGUUGAGAUUGCGAACAAGGUCGGUGUUGCAGAUAUCGUGGAAAGAUUGGUUAGUGGACUUAAAGAUGAGAGUGAAUUGUACCGGCGUAUGGUUAUGGAAGCCAUUGACAAGAUUGUCACAAACUUGGGAGCAUCGGAUAUUGUUGCGAGAUCGGAGGAGCUGCUCAUAGAUGGCAUUCUUUAUGCUUUCCAAGAACAGACAAACGACGAUGCUAAUGUGAUGCUUAAUGGGUUCGGUGCUGUAGUGAAUGGACUUGGUCCGCGAGUAAAGCCUUACCUUCCUCAGAUCUGUGGUACCAUCAAGUGGCGGUUAACCUACAAGAGUGCAAACGUAAGACAGCAAGCCGCUGAUCUCAUCUCUAGAAUCGCUGUUGUUAUGAAGCAGUGUGGAGACGAACAGUUGAUGGGACAUCUCGGUGUUGUCCUGUACGAGUAUCUUGGAGAAGAGUAUCCUGAAGUCUUGGGAUCAGUUCUUGGAGCUUUAAAAGCUAUCGUCAACGUGAUUGGUAUGACAAAGAUGACGCCUCCCAUUAAGGAUCUGCUUCCACGUCUGACUCCGAUUUUGAAGAACAGACACGAGAAAGUGCAGGAGAAUUGUAUCGAUCUUGUUGGUAGGAUUGCUGAUCGUGGUGCUGAGUUUGUUCCAGCAAGAGAAUGGAUGAGAAUAUGUUUCGAGCUUCUUGAAAUGCUCAAAGCUCAUAAGAAAGGUAUACGCCGCGCCACUGUCAACACUUUCGGGUACAUUGCCAAAGCCAUUGGACCACAAGACGUGCUAGCCACGUUACUGAACAAUCUCAGAGUCCAAGAGCGCCAGAACCGUGUUUGCACCACAGUCGCAAUCGCCAUAGUCGCUGAAACGUGCUCUCCGUUUACCGUCUUACCCGCUUUGGUGAACGAGUACAGAGUCCCAGAGCUCAACGUCCAAAAUGGUGUCCUGAAAUCCCUCUCUUUCCUCUUCGAGUACAUUGGAGAAAUGGGCAAGGAUUACAUAUACGCAGUCACGCCGUUGCUCGAAGACGCGCUCAUGGACCGAGAUUUGGUUCACAGACAAACCGCGGCUUCAGCUGUGAAACACAUGGCUUUAGGUGUAGCUGGUCUGGGUUGUGAAGACGCUUUGGUUCACUUGCUUAACUUGAUCUGGCCCAACAUUUUCGAGACAUCUCCUCACGUCAUGAACGCUGUGAUGGAAGCCAUUGAAGGAAUGAGGGUUGCGUUAGGUGGAGCAGUUAUACUGAACUAUUGUUUGCAGGGUUUGUUUCAUCCGGCUCGCAAAGUCCGUGAAGUGUACUGGAAGAUAUACAAUUCGCUUUACAUUGGUGCUCAGGACACGCUUGUUGCUGCUUACCCGGUCUUUGAGAAUGAGCAGACCAAUGUUUAUAGGCGACCCGAGUUAGCUAUGUUCGUCUGAAGGAAAAGAUAAGACCUUACACCUCAAGUCUCCUUAUUUUGUUUCGUAGUCAAUAAUAGUCUUUGUUGGAAUCGUCUUAUUGUCUCUAUUGACUUUUAAAUUCAUUUCAUUGUAAUGCAGGAAAUAACGUUAAAGCUUCAGUGGUUCCCUAUUAUUUUUCCAACUUUUCUCG